CCUCCUCUUGCUCCUCCCUCCAUCCUCCUCCUCCUCCUCCUCCUCGCUGGCGGCGCCGCCUCCCGGGAAGAUGGCGCUGCACUUCCAGAGUUUGGCUGAAUUGGAAGUAUUAUGCAACCAUCUCUAUGAGGGGACUGAUCUUGCACAGCGGAUGCAAGCUGAGAAAGUUCUUUUGGAACUUAUUGGCAGCCCAGAAUGUCUAAACAAGUGUCAACUUCUAUUAGAACAAGGAACGACGUCCUAUGCUCAACUCCUUGCAGCAACCUGCCUUUCAAAACUUGUCAGCAAAGUGACUCCUUUGCCUGUUGAACAAAGGAUAGACAUCAGGAAUUACAUUCUGAAUUAUGUAGCUUCGCAACCCAAGCUUGCUCCCUUUGUCAUACAAGCACUCGUUCAAGUAAUUGCUAAAAUCACCAAGUUAGGAUGGUUUGAAGUUCAAAAAGAUCAACUCAUCUUCAGAGACAUUAUUACUGAUGUGAAAAAGUUUUUGCAGGGUACUGUGGAACAUUACAUAAUAGGAGUGAUGAUCCUUUCAGAAUUGACUCAGGAAAUGAAUCUGGUUGAUUAUUCUAGACCUUCAGCAAAACAUCGGAAAAUAGCUACUUCAUUCCGGGACACCUCUUUAAAGGAUGUUCUGGUGCUGGCUUGCUCUCUGCUGAAAGAAGUGUUAGAAAAACCUUUAAAUCUUCAGGACCAAUGCCAGCAAAGUCUGGUAAUGCAUCUCUUGAAACUUGUCCUCAAUUGUCUUAAUUUUGACUUCAUUGGAAGCUCAGCAGAUGAGUCUGCAGAUGAUCUUUGCACUGUGCAGAUACCAACAACCUGGAGAACAAUCUUUCUGGAACCAGACACUUUGGAUCUUUUCUUCGAUUUGUAUCAUUCCCUUCCACCACUACUAUCUCAAUUAGCACUUUCCUGCUUAGUUCAAUUUGCUUCUACACGGAGAUCUUUAUUUAGCAGCCCUGAACGUGCAAAGUAUCUUGGAAACUUAAUUAAAGGAGUGAAAAGGAUUCUUGAAAAUCCUCAGGGUUUGGCUGAUGCAGGUAAUUACCAUGAAUUCUGUCGAUUUUUGGCUCGUUUAAAGACAAACUAUCAGUUGGGAGAACUAGUAAUGGUGAAGGAUUACCCAGAAGUUAUCAGAUUGAUAGCUAAUUUUACUAUUACUAGCCUCCAGCACUGGGAAUUUGCUCCAAACAGUGUUCAUUAUUUGUUGACUUUAUGGCAGAGGAUGGUAGCAUCGGUACCUUUUGUGAAAUCAACCGAACCUCACCUGUUAGACACGUAUGCACCAGAAAUCACCAAAGCCUAUAUUACGUCUAGAUUGGAAUCUGUCCCUAUAGUUGUAAGAGAUGGUUUGGAUGACCCGCUGGAUGAUACAGCAAGUGUAUUUCAACAGCUAGAACAACUCUGCACCGUAAGCAGAUGUGAAUAUGAAAAGACUUGUGCUAUUCUCAUUCAGUUGUUUGAUCAAAGCGCUCAGAAUUACCAAAAGUCACUGCAGGCUUCUAACAGGAAUCCCUUAGAAAUAGCAGUCCAGGAAGGACGACUCGCAUGGCUGGUCUACUUAGUUGGUACCGUUGUAGGAGGAAGAUUAACUUAUACCAGUACAGAUGAACAUGAUGCUAUGGAUGGUGAAUUAUCUUGCCGAGUUUUCCAGCUUAUAUCAUUGAUGGAUGCUCAAUUGCCUCAGUAUAGCAAUGAGAAGGUAGAACUUGCAAUUCUGUGGUUCUUGGAUCAGUUCCGUAAAACAUAUGUUGGUGAUCAGCUUCAGCGGACCUCAAAGGUAUAUGCUCGAAUGUCAGAAGUCUUGGGGAUCACAGAUGACUACCAUGUUCUAGAAUCAUUCAUGGCAAAAAUUGUUACAAACCUAAAAUUCUGGGGAAGAUGUGAGCCUGUAAUUGCAAGGACUCUGCAGUUCCUAAAUGAUCUUUCUGUUGGCUAUAUCCUUUUAAAAAAACUUGUGAAAAUAGAUGCUGUGAAAUUCAUGCUUCAAAACCAUACUAGUGAACACUUCCCCUUUUUGGGUGUCAGUGACAAUUACAGUCUCAGUGACCUUAGAUGUCGAACAACAUUUUAUACAGCUCUUACUCGCCUCCUCAUGGUAGAUCUAGGUGAAGACGAGGAUGAAUUUGAAAAUUUCAUGUUACCUCUCACCAUUUCAUUUGAAACAGUAGCUCAAAUAUUCAACAACAAUUUUAAACAAGAGGAGACAAAGCGUAUGUUGAUCGGGCUGGCAAGAGAUCUUCGAGGGAUUGCCUUUGCACUGAACACAAAGACCAGCUACACCAUGCUGUUUGACUGGAUCUAUUCAGCAUAUCUUCCUAUUCUUCAGCGAGCUAUUGAACUCUGGUACCAAGAACCUGAAUGCACAACUCCCAUCCUGAAACUUAUGGCAGAAUUAUUGCAAAAUAGAUCUCAGCGUUUGAAUUUUGAUGUAUCAUCUCCUAAUGGAAUUCUUCUUUUCAGAGAAGCUAGUAAAAUGAUUUGCACAUAUGGUAAUCAGAUCCUGUCCCUGGGGACCCUCUCAAAAGAUCAGGUUUAUCCCCUGAAACUCAAGGGCAUUUCCAUCUGCUAUUCUGCUCUCAAAUCUGCUUUAUGUGGAAAUUAUGUCAGCUUUGGCGUCUUCAAGUUGUAUGGGGACAGCCACUUUGACAACGUACUCCAGGCCUUUGUCAAAAUGCUACUUUCAGUAUCCCACAGUGACUUACUACAAUAUCGAAAACUGAGCCAGUCUUAUUACCCUCUCUUGGAAUGUCUCACCCAGGACCAUAUGGGUUUCAUUACCAGUUUAGAAGCUCAUGUGCUAAUGUAUAUUCUUACUUCAAUUUCUGAAGGACUUACUGCCCUGGAUACAAUUGUCUCCUCCAGCUGUUGUACAAGUUUAGAUUAUAUUGUUACCUACCUCUUCAAGCAUAUAGCAAAAGAAGGCAAGAAAUCUCUAAGAUGUAGAGAAGUUUCACAGGACGGUCAGAGAUUGCUACACUUCAUGCAACAGAAUCCAGAUAUAUUGCAGCAGAUGAUGUCAGUGCUCAUGAACACCAUCGUUUUUGAAGACUGCCGAAACCAGUGGUCGGUGUCAAGACCCCUGCUAGGACUUCUGCUUCUUAAUGAAAAGUAUUUCAGUGAGCUGAGGAGAAGUUUGAUAAGCAGCCAACCUGCAAGCAAGCGAGAGGCCCUGGACCAGUGCUUCAGAAACCUCAUGGACGGCGUAGAGCAAAACCUGCUGGUCAAGAACAGAGACAGAUUCACUCAGAAUAUGUCUGUCUUCAGAAGAGACAUGGCUGAAGCCUUGCGCAGCGAUGGGAACACGGAAUCCAGCAACCUUGACAUGAUGAGUUGACCCCGACCUUUGUACCUUAAGUCGUAAAUAAUAUCCAGUAGAAUUAGGCAGUUUGGGACCUAAGAAAGUUGCAGUUGGCUGGGCCUAUGGAGACUAUUUUUGAAUAAUAUCGGAGUUUUUAUAACACUGACAACAAUGUAAAAAUCACAAUAUUCACUUGAAGAAAAAAGUGUUUUCAGCCUUUGUAUCAAAAUCAGUAAUCCCUGUUAUUGUACCUCUGUGAAAUGGUUUAGAAACAGUACUUAACCAAAGAAAUCAAAUAAAUACAGGUUUACUCCUAAUUGGUAUUAGCUAAUGAUUUGGGAAAUCCUACAAUUAACAGUUCUAUGGAGGGGAAAAAAAAAAUUAAGGGACUCUUCUUUUCAGUAUGGAACGCUUUGCCUGAAAUAGAGGUAUAGAGAUUGAUCCAAAUGCCAUUUGAACUUGUUAAAUUAAUAAAGGUCGUUAUUUUUGUAUGAA